AACAGUUUAGCAGAGCAACGCUUCCUGUUUGCCUCAGACAGCAACAAAAGCUCCCAGAACAAGGUCGCUCCCCCUGCAGCCGGGACCGACCGGACCGACCGGACCGCUAACCCCGACCUGACGCACCGAGCCAAACCGAACAAUUUCUGACCAAAGGCAACAGAACAGCACAAGGAUGAGCCUUCUGUUCAGACAGAGAAUUCAACUGCCCAGAACUUGGAGCUGGCAGAGGAGAGUAGAAGUGUCCUGCUGUCAUUGCAAGACCUUCAGCUCCAUCUCUUCUAAUCAAGACCCCAUAGAGAUCCACAAGAGCAAACUCUUCCUCUGGUUCAGCCACCUUCCUAAAGAGGAGAAACAGUUCGGAGGUCUCUUUAGCCCAGAGACCAUGUAUGUAGAUCCACUGAUGAUAGAGAGAAAGGAGGAGGAGACGGCAGGACUUCUCCGAUUACCUUACCAAACUCAGAUCUCCUCUAGCCAUCCUCUCACUAUAGAAGAGCUGUUUGAGCCCACUGGUACCUGGAACGAAGGGCUCGGACUCAAUGUGUUGCUGUAUGGUGCUGUGGGGACAGGGAAGGCUUCGAUGUUUCGUAAACUGGUGCUGGACUGGUGUAAAGGAACCACAUUGACUCGCUUCAAGCUGCUGCUUCCUUUCUCAUGUGACGAUCUCAACCAGAUGUCGAAGGCUGUUUCUUUAAAUGGUUUGGUUGACAGGAAGUACCUUCAUUUGAAAAACCAUCCAUUUCUCAGUGGAGAUGGAGAGCAAGCCAAGGAUGUGCUUUUCCUUUUCAAUGGGAUGGAGAAGAUGCAGGUGGACUUUAAGAUUGGUUCCUCCGAGCUUUGCAAUAACCCCAAUGAGCCUCUUCCACCAAGUGUAAUCAUUGUGAACCUGCUAAGGAAAUACCUACUUCCUGAGGCCAGUAUUAUGAUGGUCACCAGACUGUCUGCGGUGGAACGCAUCCCUCAGAAGUAUGUGACUCGUUACGUCCAGAUUUGUGGGUUCAAUGACCCAGAUCGCCAGCGUAAAUACUUCACCAGCCGCCUCCUGCAGAGUGAAGAGGCAGCUCACAACAAAGAGGCCCAGACACUGAUCGAGCUCCUUUAUCACAACCUACAGAGUGAAAGCCAGUUGGCUGCUGCCUGCUCCCUACCUUCCUACUGCUGGCUCACGUGUGCUACGUUACACCUUCUCCAUUUCACCAGUGCCCAGGCACCAAUUCGAACACUGACUGGUAUAUACACUAGUUUUUUCCGGCUGAACUUCGGGGGUGAGGUGCUGGGCGCAAGAACUGGGAAUAGCAUAUCUUCUCCGGAGUAUCACAGUUCUUUAAUGAUGUAUGUUGUCCGUACACUUGGCAAACUGGCCUUUGAUGGCGUGAUGAAUAAACGCACCUCUUUCUCAGGCAAAGAACUGGAACAGUGGAUUGGUGGCAAGACCAAGACGGACGAGGAGCUCCAUCAGCUGGCCGUGUUUCAGACAGAUGUGCUGGAUUUCUUCCUAGCUCCGUGUGUGAAGAGCGAUAAUCAUCUACCUGCAAAACUGUCUGAAAAUGAUGACAAGCAGUAUGUGUUUGCUGCUCCAGUCAUGCAGGAGUACCUCGCUGCGCUCUACGUAGUUUUAGGAGAAAACAAAUCUGCUUUGGAAAAGCUGACCAGUCAGAUGUCUGUAGCCAUUGGUCAAGCAGGCGAGGAUGUUGGUGCAGUGGUGAACAUCCUUUCUAAGUUCAUUCCACUCCGGCUCUUCGCUAUAUUCAACCUCCUCAAGCUUUUUCCAAAACUCUAUGAGAAAAUAAGCAGCCACAACAAAGGGAAAAUAGCCAGGACGAUGGCAGCUGAGAUGUUCCGCACUGAGGACAGCAAUAACGAGGAUGUGCUAGAUCAGGUGGAGCAAAGCCUUCUGGGAGUCCAUGGCCCACAGCCUAAACAGUGGGAUGACAGGCAACCUUUUGAGCUGUACCCCAUCUUCAUGGGAGGAUUGUUACAGUACAGUAACCGGGUCCUUCUAAAGCAGCUGGACUGCAACAUCAAGAGCACCACGGUUGCUCAGAUAACACGCGCCCUCAGGAAGUACCUUGUCCGAGAGCUAAGCAAGCCCCAACCCCCGGAGGAGGUUAUGGAUCUGCUCGUCCUCCUGUACGAGUUCCAGAACCCCAGGCUGACUGAACAGGUCCUAUCCUCAAUCAGGAGCAUUCGUUUAACCAACAUUCGAAUGACUUCACUUAAGUGCUUGAUUUUAAGCUCUGUGCUAUCAUGCACUCCUAGAAGUUAUCACCUGGAAGAGCUGGACCUGUCCUCCUGUCUCCUGACCCACAACAUGCUGCAGAUGCUGGGACCUGCGUUCAGACAUGCACGCAGCCUCAAUCUGCAGUUUAACAACCUGGGUCCAGAUUCAUGCAUCCUUCUGAGAGACCUGCUGCUAGAGCCAAAGACCUGUAUAAGUUCUCUACAGCUCUGUGAUAACCCGCUGGAGGACUCUGGGGUCUGCAUCCUGCUGGAGGCGCUGCCACAGAACCAGUCCCUCACCUACCUGUCCCUGAUGCACACCGGGAUGGGGGACAGCGCGGCCCUGGCUCUGGCUGAACGGCUCCAGCUGCACACUGGGCUCCAGGAGCUCAACGUUGCCUAUAAUGUGAUCGGCGACAAGGCAGCCGAGGUUCUGGUUGAUGCCUGCAGGGACCAUCCCAGCAUUCACACCGUACACCUGUACCUGAACGCCAUCACUGAUGAGGGGAAGCAGGCCCUGUAUGGCCGGGGUGGGCCAAAGGGCAAAGGGAACGAGCGGCGGGUCAGAGUCCUGGCCUCCGUCACUGAAGGCUCCGACAUCUCAGACCAAUGGCACCCUAUCCUGAAAGUGAUACGAGAGAAUGCAUCUUCCUGGGACCGCAACCGAGUCAAGCAGCAGCUUAAGAUCUCAAACUGUGAGGAUCCAAAGCUGCCUCUCCUCCUUGAUCACUCUCAGCACCGCCUCGCCUCAGGGCUGCAUGUUAAGCCCCCUCCUAUUUACUCUGCUGACAUCUGA